UGUGCAAAGGCAUAUUUGAUGACUUUUACAAGAGGUUUCCUGACUUCAUGAAGUUCUCACUUGUAUGGAAGGAAAUUAAAACAGAGAGAGUUAUAGACUGCUUAUUUGCAUUUUCAUCAGCAACAUCAGGGACAGAAAGAUGGACAACAGUCCAGGUGGAGGAGUUAUCCUCUAUGCAGGGUCAACAGGAAGUGCGAGCCCCAGUCCAGGAAGCCCCUCCAGUGGGUACCAGACUCAGUCUCCAUCCUCUCAGCCUUCAUCCCCGGAGGAGGUCUCCUUCACUGAGCUUGGCACUCUCAAAAAGCAUUCAGCUGGAAGAAAUGCCAAUUCAGCAAGGGACAAUAAACUGGUCUUUCAAUUUCCAGAAGUGAGCAGCGCUUCUGCUGUCAACCCUGUUGCCCCAACCGUAACAUUAUCAGGGCAAAACUCAUACUCUCACCCGCUGGUCGGCAGGAGACCUAGUGGAUUCACAGGUACCUUUACUAAAACAGGAGGCAUGGUUUUGCUCUGCAAAGUAUGUGGGGAUAUUGCAUCAGGAUUUCACUAUGGUGUCCAUGCAUGCGAGGGAUGCAAGGGUUUCUUUCGUCGCAGUAUCCAGCAGAACAUCCAUUAUAAGAUGUGCGUGAAGAAUGAAAACUGUCUGAUCAUAAGGAUGAACCGCAAUCGCUGUCAGCACUGUCGCUUUAAGAAGUGUCUCUCUGUCGGCAUGUCCAGAGAUGCUGUGCGAUUUGGGCGUAUUCCAAAGCGUGAGAAACAACGACUACUGGACGAAAUGCAGAGUUACAUGUACAGUCUUAAUGAAGCAGCGUCCAUAGACAUUAACUCUAAUACACACACCGACACCCCCACCAGCCCUGGAGAUGGCCAAUCAGAGGAGGCCAUCAGUGCUAUCUCGCAAACUUAUCGCAACAUCUUUGUGAAUGGGAAGGAGAAGUUUGUGAAGAUUAGCAAAGAAAACAACAUCAAUAACAACAGUCCUUCAUCCUUUCAUCAUAAUCCAAUCCCAGAGUCUGGCUACACCGAGUGUCGCCCUCAGCCCAGAGUUUCACAGCAAGAACAUCCCAUUCAUUCCACAAAAGACUGUCUCACCCAAUCCAGAUGUCCAGUCGCCUACCACGAUAACAAAGCAAUAACCCAAGCUAUGGAUAACAGUCAACAUAAUUUCCCACAAUCCUUCAAUCCAAGCCAGGGAAGCCCCCCUUCUCAGAGCUGUCUGUCUAAUUACAACAAUUAUUCCACUCAGACGUCUUGUCCUUGGAGACUGAGUUCUGGGACGAAAGUUCUGGCAUGUCCUCUCAACGCGUGUCCUGUUUCUCCAGCCAAUUGCUCCAAUCAGCAGGUUUGGGAGGCUUUCUCCCAGUGCUUCACUCCAGCUGUUAAAGAAGUGGUUGAGUUUGCCAAGAGCAUUCCAGGGUUUCAAGGCCUGAGUCAACACGAUCAGAUCAUGCUGCUGAAAGCAGGAACCUUUCAGGUUCUGAUGGUGAGGUUCUGCUCGCUGUUUGAUGCUAAGGAACAUACGGUAACAUUCCUGAAUGGUCAGACAUAUCUGCUGGCAUCUCUGCGAGUUCUUGGCAUGGGUGUUCUACUGGAUGCCAUGUUUGAGUUCAGUGAGAAGUUGGGGAACAUGGGUCUGGAGGCCAAUGAGAUGGCACUUUUCAUGGCUGUGGUGCUGGUUUCUGCAGAUCGUUCAGGUAUAUCAGACGUGGGAGCCGUAGAGCAGCUUCAGGAGGAUUUGAUUGGUUCCCUUUGGUCUCUCAUCACUCGCCGAAGACCAGAGGACAGCUCACUGUUCCCCAAACUCCUGCUGCAUUUACCUGACCUCCGCAUCCUCAACAACCAGCACUCAGAGAAACUCCUUGCCUUCCAUAUCGACCCCUGAGAAGAGAAAGAGACAAUUACCAGAUCUUCAGUCUACACCAUGAUAAUAAAGGGUCGUUAUAUGGUUCAGGGUGCUCCAUCACAAGAAAAAAAAACAUUAGUUUUUUUUUUUUUUUUUCAAUAUAAGAUAUGAAGUGCAGAUAUCGCACACCUUUUUUUUUGUUUUGUUUUGUUUUUUUUCAGAGGACAAUUGAAGAAAUAACAAGGUGAUGGCUGUUUUUAUUUCCAGAAUUGAUCUGGGAUCACAAUGUAAGAUCAGUCUCAGUAUGAGCUUCGGGACAUUAUAAAGACUUUUCUCUCUAGAUGCUAUGCAUUUAUCUUCAUAUCUUUCAACACAUUGUUCAACCUUUAAAAAAAAAAAAUCUCAUUUUACAUCAUAAGCUUUUAAGUUCAAAGAAACAUUAUGCAUAUCUCUUUUAUGGAGCUUAAUGGAUAUAUAUAUAUAUAUAUAUAUAUAUAUAUAUAUAUAUAUAUAUAUAUCAUGUAACUGGCAGUCAAAACUCCAACCCUAUUGUAAAACAAACAUGUUUUAUAGUGGGAAUGUCUGAUAAUUUCUUAUAAUUGUACAAUAUUGCAUUUUUCUUGUGUGGUAUUACCUUGACAGUCAUUUUGUAACAAGGAUACACUGCGUAAUGAGAAACAGAGACUUAAUUUCUUGUAUUUGAAGUGCUAAUGUUAUUUACAAUGGCUCUGCAUGGAUAUAGUUCUCUUACCCUUUGCAAUUCUGAAUUUAGGAUUGGCAAGAUGGCAUAGUAGAAAAGUGGACUCUAAAAUGUUUGCCAAUUCUGCAGUAAUUCUGCAGUAAUUCUAUUGUUUGACAUUCAUCUAAAUGUACAGUAUAUUUGGUAAAUGUAUUAUGUUUAUUGUUACGUUUUCCACAAA